GAUACCGGUUGUUCUUCUACGGAGAGGCGCCGGUAGAAGGUCCAGGGGGCACUGCCGCUGAUCGAUCAUCGAUGGGGCAAACAGGCAUGGUUUGGUCUUGCUGCCAGCGCUGCGGCAUUCUGUUUGUUAGAACAUCGCCGGUGUCGAUGAUCUUAGUGAGGAGGAAGGGCGAGGGUUGAAAUCUUCUACUCUUCUUCAUGCUCACAGCGAAUCUUUGAGAGAAGCAAUUUCUAGGAUGGAUUCCGGCAAGCCGCCGCUCGCCGGGGUCAAGGAUGCCGUGCAAGUGGCCGUGAACAUCCGGCCUCUCAUCGGAUCGGAGCUCUUGCAGGGCUGUAGGGAUUGCAUCAAUGUUGUCGCUGGAGAGCCUCAGAUCCAGCUCGGGACGCAUUGUUUCACGUUUGAUUACGUCUAUGGCACUACCGAGUCAUCGUCGUCCAAGAUCUUCAAGGAGUGCGUAGCUCCGCUUGUGGAUGGGCUCUUCUAUGGCUACAAUGCUACUGUUCUUGCGUAUGGCCAGACUGGUUCUGGGAAGACAUACACAAUGGGAACAGGGUACACUCCUGGAGGGAACAAUGGAGGAGUUAUCCCCCAAGUCAUGGAGAAGAUUUUUAACAAAGUCCACCAUCUCAGGAAUCAAACGCACUUCCACAUCCGAGUCUCGUUUAUAGAGAUAUUGAAAGAAGAAAUCCACGACUUGCUUUGCGAAACAACAGUUACGAAGCAAGACACAAGUGGGAUGAAGACGCCGCUGCUAACAAGACCAUCAAUUCAAAUUCGGGAAAGCACUGCUGGAGAGAUCAACCUUGCUGGCAUCACAGAAACCGAUGUUCACACCUUGCAAGAGAUGGCGUCGUGUUUAGCUCAAGGUUCUCUUUCCCGUGCGACCGGAAGCACGAAUAUGAAUUCUCGUUCAAGCCGUUCGCAUGCUAUCUUCACCAUCACUUUGGAACAGAAGAAAAAGCACCGUGAGAAGAGCUCUUCCUCUUUUGAUGCUGCAUGCGAUGACUUUCUGUGUGGAAAGCUUCAUCUUGUGGACCUUGCUGGGUCUGAGCGGGCAAAAAGGACUGGAACUGAUGGGAUGCGUUUUAAAGAGGGUGUUCAUAUCAACAAAGGUCUUUUAGCUCUUGGGAAUGUAAUUAGCGUUCUUGGAGAGGACAAGAAGCGAAAGGAACCAAGACAUGUGCCGUACAGGGAUAGCAAGCUCACUCGACUUUUACAGGAUUCACUUGGUGGUAACAGCAGGACUGUGAUGAUAGCUUGUAUCAGUCCGGCUGAUUCAAAUGUCGAGGAAACUCUUAAUACUUUGAAGUACGCAAAUCGGGCAAGAAAUAUCCAAAAUAAACCAAUUGUGAAUAGAGAUCCAAUCGGGACAGAGAUGCAGAAACUGCGACAGCAGCUCAAUCUCUUACAGGCAGAGCUUGUUUGUGCUCGUGCAAGUGAAUGCGCACCUACAGUUCUUGAGGUUUUGAAGCAAAAGCUCUCUUCGUUGGAGGCUAGCAAUGAAAAACUACGCAGGGAGUUAAUGGAGUCGCAAGAAAGCUGUAACAGUCUUUGUCAACGUGCUCUUGAUGCUCAAGUGGAGCGUGAUAGGCUCUUACAGGAAGUUGAACGUCGUCCAACAUCUGGUUAUGACGAGCACACAGCUGAGCCUACCAGCUUGCUGCAGAGUUACAUGAGAACAAUUCAUGAUUUAGAAGCAGAGCUACAGCUGUUACGCACGUCGUGUUCUGGCGAUGUUCGCCGCGUUUCAACUUCAUCCGAUGGAGGGUGCUCCGACAUCGUUGACGGAAACCAUGACGUUUUUGAGGAGGAUGCCAUGACUGCUAAGGAGGUGGAGCAUCAUCUGUUUCUAAGGGAGUGUAUGGAUAAGGAACUUCAAGAGUUGAAUAUGCAGCUGAAGGAGAAAGAGGCAGAGAUGACUCGAGUUGCAAACAAUGAUGCUGCUGUACUCAAAGACCAUUUCGAUAAAAAAAUACUGGAGCUUGAAGAGGAGAAGAAGAAGCUUCAGAUGGAGAAAAAGCUAUUGUCGUCGGAGCUCGAAUCACUUCAUUCCUCUUCGGAUGAACAGACCAAGAGGAUUCAGAGUUCGUACGCACAGAAGUUGAAAGAUCUGGAAACUCAGAUUUCUGAUUUAAAAAAGCAGCAAGAAAAACAUGCACAACUUUUGAGACUCAAGCAACGGAGUGAUGAUUCGGCGCAACGAUUAGAGAAUGAGAUACACCGAAUCAAGCAGCAGAAGGUGCAUUUGCAAAACCGCAUAAAGCAAGAAUCUGAACAUUUUAGGACAUGGAAGGCUUGCCGGGAGAAAGAACUAAUGCGCUUGCGCAAGGAAGGUAGACGGAAUGAGUAUGAGAUGCACAAGCUACAGACCUUGCAUGAAAGGCAAAAACAGGUACUGCAUAGGAAAACUGAGGAAGCAGCCACAGCUAGUCGAAGGCUUAAAGAAGUCCUUGAAGCUCGAAAACAGGAAGCUCGUGAAAACCAUGUGUCAGGAACACCCGCUAAACUGACUGCGAAGACAUUUCAGCAAUGGUUUGAUAACGAACUAGAAAGUGCUGUUAGGCUGCGAGAGGCGAGGCUUGCUUACGAGAAGCAGAAUGCUUUCCAAGAGGGAGAUGCGCGUUCGGACGCUCAGAACGCACCAACGAGCCCGUGCGACACGGAGGGUCUUUCGGUAUCAUCUUUCUCGAAUGGACGUAUUGAUUCGUUGGAGAGGACGAGCACGGCAAUUACCAUCUCGACCACGGCAUUAGAUUUAGAAGAGGAACAAUAUAGAGUCAGGGGACCAGUUCGGUGGCAGCAAGUGCGUACUCUUGGAGAUGCCAAGGAUCUACUCAACUUCGUUUUCAACGUUGCAGCCUGUGCAAGAUGCCAGCUAAGUGAUAGAGAACACGAAAAUAAAGAACUCAAUGAGAAAAUCAAUCUCUUGCUGGAUGAACUGCGGCAAACGGAGUGUCAGAAGAAGCAACUAGAAGAGCUGAUGCCCACGACCGCCAAUAAUACUGGUGUGUCGGAUGCUCAUGCGGACGAGCUCCUCCGGCUUGAUAUUGGGGGACUUUUGGAGGAGCAAGUUAUGAGUUUCUCCAAUCCAGACGAACUUGGAGACGGGGCAUGCCAGAGCAUAGAACCAAAUCCAGAGAGCUCAGGAAGGACUUGGAAAUGGAGGAAAAGUGGCACUCCAAAGUGGCCGCUCCAGUUCAAGUGGAAGUGGCAAAAGCCUUGGCGGAUAGCUCAGUGGACGCAAAAGAACGAGAAAGCUAUAAGGCCGGCUUCCAGUGCGCUCAGGGUCCUGGACAUGAUUUGAUUCCGGGAGCUCCUUUUUACAAGUUUUUCUACUCGAGUUUUAGCAUCCCAGAGCAGGCAUAUUUUGACCAGAGUCAACAGUUGACCAUGAAGUUUAAAUUGUCAACGCAUUUGAGACCA